AUGGAUGGACGUGGUGAGCGCAACUCUCCAAAAGAGGCAGCAAAUAACACGGAGAUGCUCCUUGCUCUGCUGUCGCACAGUGAGGAGCUAAGGAAAGAAAUCCCAGUGUGUGCCGGCUGCAAUCAACACAUCGUGGACCGCUUCAUCCUCAAAGUGCUGGAUCGCCACUGGCACAGCAAGUGCCUGAAAUGCAGCGACUGUCAGGCGCAACUGUCGGAGAAGUGCUUCAGCAGAGGCGACAGCGUCUACUGCAAAGAGGAUUUCUUCAAGAGAUUCGGGACCAAAUGCGCAGCCUGUCAGCAGGGCAUCCCGCCCACACAGGUGGUGAGGAGAGCGCAGGACUUCGUCUACCACCUGCACUGUUUCGCCUGCAUCGUGUGCAAAAGGCAACUGGCCACAGGUGACGAGUACUAUCUGAUGGAGGACAGCAGGCUGGUGUGCAAGGCCGACUACGAGACCGCCAAACAGAGAGAAGCAGACUCUACUGCAAAAAGGCCACGAACCACCAUCACUGCUAAACAGCUAGAAACACUGAAGAACGCUUACAAUAACUCUCCCAAACCUGCCCGCCACGUCCGGGAGCAGCUAUCAUCAGAGACGGGUCUGGAUAUGCGGGUUGUGCAGGUUUGGUUUCAGAACAGGCGAGCUAAAGAGAAAAGGCUGAAGAAGGAUGCCGGGCGUCAGAGGUGGGGGCAGUAUUUCCGCAACAUGAAGAGGUCACGAGGAAGCUCCAAAUCAGACAAAGACAGCAUUCAGGAGGAGGGCAUGGACAGUGAUGCUGAGGUGUCUUUUACAGAUGAACCACCCAUGUCAGAGCUUGGCCUCACUAAUGGCAUCUACAGCAGCCUGAGUGAGUCCUCUCCAGUCAUGGGGGGCCGCCAAGGGGGCAACAACCACAGCUCCUUCCCCCUGGAGCACGGCGUUCUUCCUUCUCAAGACCAGUUCCACGACAUCCGCUCCAGCAGUCCCUACGGCCUUCCUCAGUCGCCGGGGUCGCUUCAGGCGUUACCCAGGCACCAGCCUCUCAUCUCCAGCUUGGUCUACCCCGACUCCGGCCUUUCUAUCAUGACCCAGGGCAGCGGGCCUGGGAUCAACCCUGCUGUGAGGGGCUCCAUGGGGGCCACCAACGGCCCCAGCUCGGACCUCUCGACUGGCAGCAGCGGAGGAUACCCAGACUUUCCUGCCAGUCCUGCUUCCUGGUUAGAUGAAGUGGAUCACGGGCAGUUCUGAUUGGUCACUGACAAGACAUUUGACAUUCUUUUUUUAGGUGGG